AGAGCAGGCGGUGGUGACGAAGCGGUACAAAGUUGAAGGCCUCAGCUGACAGACGCCGCUCGCUAUAAAAGACGUGUCGCCCCAGCUGCCGACAUCAGUCCAUUCCAGAGACGCACUCUUGGUAACCAUGAAGACCACUGUGUUCGUGCUGGCCGUGCUGGCGCUGCUGGGCUGCGCCCUGGCGGGCCCCAUGCCGUUCCCGCUGGCGCUCCCGGGCCCCGGGCCCGCCCCCGCCGCCGCCCCCGCGCCCGCCCCUGCUCCGGGUCCGGGUCCUGCCCCCGUGCCGCUGCCAGUCGCGCCGCGCCCCAGGGAGUCUCUCAGCCCCAGCGAGACGCUCUACUACGCCUACUACUACCCCUUCACCUACUACAUCGGCUGAUUCUCCACUGUGACUCCUCUGCUCACACCUACGGAUUGACUCGACGAAUGCCUGGCAUCUUGUAAAUUCUUCUCACAAUAAAUCUCUUCGUCUCUUUA